AGGAGAAGAAAAAACUCGUUCGAGAAUUUGAUGAAAAACAGCACGAAGCAAAUGAAACGCUGCGGGAAAUGGAGGAAGAACUGAAGUAUGCUCCUCUGCCUUUCCGCAACCAAAUGAUGAGCAAAAUCCGGGCUUACAGAAGAGACCUCUCCAUGUUCCAGAGAGAGAUGAGAAGCACAGAUUUGGGAUUGGGCCCUGGAAGUCAAGGCGAUAUAAAAUAUGGAAUCUUCUCUGCAGAAAAUGAACAGAGUACUAAUCUGCAGUCGCAGAGGGUGCUGCUUCUCCAGGGAACAGACAGCCUGAACCGAGCCAGUCAGAGCAUCGAGCGCUCGCACCGAAUUGCUGCUGAAACAGAUCAGAUUGGCACCGAUAUAAUUGAAGAACUUGGGGAGCAACGGGAGCAACUGGAACGCACCAAGAGCAGAUUGGUGAAUACAAGUGAGAACUUGAGCAAGAGUCGCAAGAUUCUACGUUCUAUGUCCAGGAGAGUAACCACUAAUAAGUUGUUGCUGUCAAUUGUCAUCAUCCUGGAACUAGCCAUCCUAGGAGGUGUGGUCUACUACAAGUUCUUUCGCAGCAGAUGAAUCUUCAUGACGGAGAUGAGCUUUCCCACUGUUGAGGAACCAGAUGGGCUCUCUCUUCCCUUUGACUGUCUGAGAUUGAACUGCCUCAUGAGACAGCAUGUUCAACAAACUGUACUGACACUAGAAAGACAGAGAAUGGGAGUAAAAGGAAAAUGCAGAGAGAUACUUGAACUACUGGUAAGAUUAAUAAGAAGGUAAUAAAUAUUUUAUUGUCUCAAUUUGUAUAUACUUAACUAAAUGAAUAAAUCUUGGUAUGUAAUAAAGUAGCCACCAAUCAGUGGAAAA